AUGGCUUCUACUUCUAAGGACUCUUCUCUCGCCUCUGCUGCUUCUGCUUCCCCAUACUUUACAUCCCUGGUCCGCCGUCGUCAACAAAAGAAAAUGAGCAUUACUCAAACAUACUACCUCGCUCAUACCGCCCGCAAGAAGCUUACUCGUGAAGCUUCCCGGGCGGAUCAUGAUCUACGAUUGCUUGUCGGACACGCCAACCUCCUCGACUCCCUUAUGCUUGACCUCGCCGACGCCGAGCAAGAACAAGAACGUUGGUUCAACCAGACCGUCAGUGGUGCCGCCAAGGCCCAAGAAGAGCCUCGACACAUUCAAUGGGCUUCGACCGUGGUCGAAGAAUCUGAGGAGGAAUGGGAUCCGGAAGACGCCUCCGACCUCGACUCGGACGUCAGUGACAGUGACGAGGAGGACUCCGAUAUUGAUGAGUCUGAUUUUGCCAUCAACGCCCCCAUCCGCCGCCGGGCUCCAUCUCCCGUGGCACCGGUGGCUCUGAUCCCAGAACCCAUCCUCAUGGAAGAUGAGGACGACGACACCGACAGUGAUUUUGAAUAUGACGAUAUGGAGGAUCUGGAGGAACUCAGCUUGACACGGUCGCCUUCGCGACAAUCUCCACCUGAGCUCCUCGCCGACUCGGACGACGAGUCCGAGGAUGAUUCCCUUCCUCCCUCCCCACCUCAGCCUGCACUGGAGACCUUCAAUGAGAAGGAGGCUUCCUCUACUGCUAUCCCACUGGGUGAUUCCCAACCCCAUCUGUUCGAGCCUGGGUAUUACGUUUCACAAGAACAGAGCACAAUCAUCGAGGCGUACUAA